CUCGAAAAAUCAAAUUACUGAGAUUAAUGUAGAUAUAUUCCAAGGCAUGACGGCUCUUAAAGAGUUGUAUCUGUAUGGCAAUCGGAUAACCAACCUAGUGCCGAAUGUAUUUCAAGACUUGACUGCCCUAAAAAUACUGUCCCUGGGAGACAAUCAAAUAACUGAGAUUAAUGUGAAUUCAUUCCAAGGCCUGGCGGCUCUUGAAAUCUUGAAUUUGUCUCAGAAUCCACUGAACUGCGGCAACUGUGAAAUGUUACAACUAAAGUCAUUUCUUCAAAAUCAGACUUAUGGGAAUGCAGGUGCAGCGUGUAAUGGAACAGGUAUAGAGGUAGUUGACUUUGAUUUCACCGAUUGCACAGCAACAGAAACAAACACUUUGAAUACUACCAAAAGCAACGUUGGUUCCACAUCUGAGGCCGACAAUAUAGCUAUUAUAACCGGGACAGUUACUGGUGCUGUUGUAGUGCUUUGUGUAAUCGCAUUCUUUGUAAUGCGAAAGGUUUGUAAUUAUGCAUCUAACGGUAAAACAGUUGUACAUCCAUCAAUCUAGUAGAUAUAGAGGUAGUGCUGGCAACAAUAGAAUCAAUAUGCGCAAAAAUAAGAAGUCACAGGACAACCAGGAGAAGAUUUUUAAAGAGUAUAUG